UUAUAAAAAAUGUUCAAAAAACUUUUUAAAGGCUGCUGAGGAGGCUCAAAUCAGGCCACUAAAAGUAUCAAAAAACGUCCUAAAGAGAACAGGGAACCUCAGACCGAAGAAAAGCCAAAGAAAAAAUCUUCCAAAAAAAAGAAUAAAGAAUCCAAUGACUGAACUAUUUGCUUUGAAGAAUUCGACUAUUACCAACACAAGUUUAUCAAGAAGCAGUGUGAGAAGAUGCUGGCGAGAACUGCUGAGGAGGGGAAAGAUGGUGAAAAUACAACUGAAUAUGCAAUUAUAUAUCAGAAAGACAAGAAAGAUGCUAAAGAGGAAAAACCUAGAAAGAUGCCUAAUCAGAAUAAAUUUAGUAAAAACUCAUCCCUCAAACUGUACACAAUAAAGAAGGAAGAGUUUGCUUACUCUAGUGAGGAAGUAUUAGGGCUCCUUGAGGGAGAAGGCAUCUGUAUUCUUCCUGACUGUAAACAUGUCUUCCAUAAGCACUGUAUUAGCUCAUGGCUGAGGCAGAACAACACUUGUCCAGUCUGAAGAAAGGAGAUUUAUCAAGCUGACCAAAUUCAGCAAGAUGGCAUAGAAGGCUUACUAGCAGCAGGCCUUCUACUGAGAGCAUUGAUUGAUAAUCAAAUUGAGGAAGCAGACAGAAGAGAGCAUCAAAGACAAAGAAUUUUGCUUAUACCAGACCCUCCUCUAUCUCCAGACGUUUCAUCUCCAGAUUUUGAUGAAUUCCUUUCAAUUCAUGACCAAAGAAUCGAUGACCGUAACGUUUUUAACUUCAGAUUGAGACAAAGACCUCAAAUUAGUAGCAUAAUACGUCGAAGGGGAGAGCAUCCAUUGAUUGCGAUACCAAGUAGGUUACAUCGUCCUCUCCUACAUAUUCCUCCUAGAGACAUGUAUGGAGGAGGGUUAAACUUCCCUCAUGGUCGUCACUUUUAAAGUGGCCAAAACAGUGAGAAGCAUAUUGUAAUUUUUCACUGAAUCCUAAUUCUCUAAAAUCCCUCUUUCUCUUCAGAUUCCUCGUUCGUCAAUUCUGAACCUUUUGGUAGCAUUA